CAGAAGUAGGUCAGGUUCACCUAGGAGUGGGCCAGGAUCUCCCAGAAGUAGGUCAGGUUCACCUAGGAGUGGGCCAGGAUCUCCCAGAAGUAGGUCAGGUUCACCUAAAAGUGGGUCAGGAUCACCCAGACGAGAAAGGUCACCUGGUAGUGACUCAGAUGGAAGUGUGGUACAGAGAAAGAAACAGAGACUUGUCAGUGAUAGUGAAUCAGAUGCAGAAAAGCAACCAGACAUCACAGCCACAGCAGAUGACCUGUUUGGAGAUGACUUGGACGAUAUUAGCUCUGCAUCAGAACAUGAGUCUGACAAACAGGAUGAUGACAAUCAACAGGCACCUAUGAUAGACGAUGAAGAUGGGGAGGGGGAACAGCAACCAGAAGAGCCAAUAGAAGUGAAGAUUCCAGUUGACAUACCUAAGAUUAAGACAGACCUUGGCAAGCAGAUUCAUUUUGUGAAACUUCCCAACUUCCUCAGUGUUGAAACAAGGCCAUUCGAUGCUGCCAUCUAUGAAGAUGAAAUAGAUGAGGAUGAAGUCCUAGAUGAAGAGGGCAGAACAAGAAUGAAACUGAAGGUUGAGAACACUAUAAGAUGGCGUGACAAGAAAGAUGCAGAGGGAAAUCAAAUAUUAGAUGAAGAGGGGAACCCAGUCAGAGAGAGCAAUGCAAGGAUGAUCAGAUGGUCAGAUGGCAGUAUGUCAUUACACCUUGGUGUGGAAGUGUUUGAUGUCCACCCUAUGAACCUACAUGGGGACUACAACCAUCUGUUUAUCAGACAAGGCACUGGACUACAGGGGCAAGCAGUCUUUAAGACAAAACUCACCUUCAGACCACACUCAACAGACUCAUUCACACAUAGGAAGAUGACAAUGUCGUUAGCAGACAGAUCAACCAAAGCCAACAAACUUAAAGUUAUUCCAAUAUCUGGCCUUGACCCCAAUGCCAACAGAAAUGAAAUGAUUAAGAAGGAAGAAGAGAAACUGAAGGCAACUAUUCGACGAGAAAGCCAGCAAAGGCGUAUUAGAGAUCGUGCACAUAACAAAGGUCUAAGCUCUUCGUAUUUAGAAGAUGAUGAAGAAAAUGAAGCUGGAAUCUCCCUAUCAGCCAUUAAAAAUGCUUAUAAACCUAAUAAGAAAUCUGGCAAAGACCGCAUGAACAUCUACUCUAGUGACAGUGAAGAGAGUUUAGAUGAUGAGGUAGAAGAAAGGAGGGAGAGGAGGUUAAUGAAGGCCAAGAAAAUCAUGGACAGCGAUGAUGAGGAGUCAGACCAGGAAUCAAGUAAAAAGAAAGCCAGAAUUUAUUCAGAUAGUGAUGAGGAAGCAAAUGCAGACAGAGGUGGAUCUGAAAAUGAGGCUGGGACUGGAAAUGAGGCUCAGAAUCACAAUGAGGCUGGAAGUGGGGAAGAGAGUGACUAAAAAGGCAGAUUAGAUCUCACACUUUUUAAGUGGAUAUGUGGCAGGUGAAAUUCACCCACGUUGCGGUCCAAUGACGUUCAUUUAAUGAUCAGCGUACAAUACUACUUUUUCGUCAAAUCUGAAUGAUGAAUUCCGCAUAUGAAAAUCAUAAUUGUGAAAAUACCGAUUAUGAGGUAUUUUGUGAGGUUUUAGAGAGAAAUUGAAUGUUUGUGGUAGAACUGAUGAAAGAUUCCCUUACAAAUUCAAACAAAGAAAUUUUGAGAAACUGAAUGAAAUGAAAUGAAAAGCAUUUGGCUGAUUAGUUAAUAAAACAAUAUGCUUGGAAUUCAUCCCCAGGUCAAAAUUCAAGAUUCUACCAAAGCUUAAAAUUUGGACUAUUACAUUUGAAUGUAUUCCAUACUGCAAUAACAAUGCUGGCUGAUGUUGUAGUUCAGCCAGAGCCAGAGUCGAGAUUUUAUAUAAAAUUUAUAAAUAAAAAUACUCCAAGAAAA